AUGGAUUUCACACGCAGAAGCUUGCAAAGAAGCCUGAGUUCCUCCUCACAGGCCUCUAUGGUCAACAUGUAUAGGACUGGGAGCAGGCAGCUCCUGGGGACGGCACCCAGCGUCUAUGGGGGAGCUGGAGGCCACGGCACCCGCAUCUCAACCUCCAAAAGCUUGGUGAGCUAUGGGAAUGAUCUCAACAGAAGCGACCUGUUUAUUGGCAAUGAGAAGAUGGCCAUGAGAAACCUCAAUGACCGCCUAGCAAGCUACCUAGAAAAAGUGCGCUCCCUGGAGCAGUCCAACUACAAACUUGAGAUGCAGAUUAAGCAAUGGUAUGAAUCAAACUCGCCCAGCACCAGUCGGGACUACGGUGCAUACUACAAACAAAUUGAAGAGCUGCAAGCUCAGAUUAAGGAUGCUCAACGGCAACAUGCUCUGUGUGUCCUGAAAAUUGAUAAUGGCAAACUGGCGGCUGAGGACUUCAGACUGAAGUAUGAGACUGAAAGAGGGAUGCGCCUAACAGUGGAAGCUGACCUCCAGAGCCUGAGUAAGGUUUAUGACGAUCUAACCCUAAACAAAACAGACUUGGAGAUGCAAAUUGAAGAACUGAAUAAAGACCUGGUUCUCCUCAAAAAAGAACAUCAGGAGGAAGUGGACAGCCUACGCAAACAGCUGGGCAAUACUGUCAGUGUGGAGCUGAAGGCUGCUCCAGCCCUGAACCUCAGUGCCAUCAUGGAUGAAAUGCGGCAGAAAUAUGAAGUCUUGGCACAAGAGAACCUUAAGAAGGUCAAAGAAGAGUUUGAGAUACAGACUGAAACUCUGCAGCAACAAGUUUCAGUGGACACUGCAGAAUUAAAGGAAUCAGAGGUUCAAGUAAAGGAGCUGAGACGCACCUACCAGAACUUGGAGAUAGACCUCAAGUCCCAUCUCAGUAUGAAACAAUCUUUGGAGCAGACACUGCAAGAUACCCAAGCUCGUUAUCAGAGCCAGCUGGCCGCCCUCCAGGCCCUGCUGAACUCCAUAGAGGCCCAACUGAUGCAGAUUCGAGCUGAUACAGAACGCCAGAGCAAGGAAUACAAUGAGCUCCUUGACAUGAAGAUCAGGCUGGAGCAGGAAAUUGCUACUUACCGGCGCCUUCUGGAAGGAGAGGAGCUCAUCCUGGAGGAGAAAGCAGAUGUAAAGAAAACCAGGAAGAUUAAGACAGUGGUGGAAGAAGUAGUGGAUGGCAAGGUCGUGUCAUCUGAAAUCAAAGAAAUGGAAGAAAGUAUAUAA